CUCUUAUAUUAGGCUGCAACGAACCCAACGAACCAAAAGUCUUUGCUCCUCUAGCAAGAGCACAAAAAAUUUCUCUACAUUUCAAGAAAACAAAUUUUCUUAAACCAAGUUCACAUUUUGCGCUCACCCUUUACUCUCUUUUUCUCUAUUUCAUUGAUUCUUGAAAUACCCAUUUGCAUUCCUGGACUUAAAAAUUUGUGCGUUUGAGCAGUUGGGGUUUCAAAAAAAUGGCUGUAGGCACAGUAGAAGAAUCUGUGGAGAUAUUUAAGGCUCGUUCAGAUAAGAGGGAGUAUAGAAGAAUAGUCCUUCAAAACUGUCUUGAAGUCCUCCUCAUUAGUGAUCCUGAAACAGAGAAGUGUGCUGCUUCUAUGGGCGUGCCUGUGGGAUAUUAUAGUGAUCCUAAGGGUCUUGAAGGCCUUGCUCAUUUUCUUGAACAUAUGCUGUUUUAUGCAAGUGAGAAGUAUCCCGUGGAGAAUAGUUACUCAAAAUACAUCACCCAGCAUGGAGGUUCUACCAAUGCUUUUACAUCUUCCGAGAACACCAACUUUCACUUCGACAUUAAUGCAGAUUGUUUUGAAGAAGCUUUGGACAGAUUUGCACAGUUUUUUAUCAAACCGUUGAUGUCACCUGAUGCUACAACAAGGGAAAUAAAAGCUGUUGAUUCUGAGAACCAAAACAACCUAUUAUCUGAUGGUCACAGAGUGUACCAGCUUCAGAAACAUCUGAGUGCUAAAGAUCAUCCGUACCACAAAUUUGGCACAGAACAUCAGUGCCGUAAAAAGUCUAUAUUAUUGUACUCCUGAGUGCUAAAGAUCAUCCGUACCACAAAUUUGGCACAGGUUUGUGAUUUGAUGUGUAAUGUCUUCCAUAUGAUCUGAAUACAUGGCUUGCAAUCUAACUUUGGAUAACCUUGAAUCCCUAUAUAGUUAACUUGUCCAGUUUGUAUUGCUGCAUUUUUAGCUGAUUUGUUCUUUUCAGAACAUCAGUGCCGUAAAAAGUCUAUAUU